AUGCUGAAGAACGUGAAGAAGCAGUUGUCCAUGGUUGGACGAAAGAACUCUUUCACAAAUCAGCAAGGACAAGGAGAAAAAGGAGGAGAAGCGGCACCUUCGUCCCAACAAGGGGGAGAAACUACCACCACCACAAACAACAACGAGAGCGGAGGAGGAUCUCCUGGAGAAAGAGACCGAUCGUCGCUGACGGCAUCGUCCUCGAACUCAAACAAGAAGAAAGACUCGAUAACGACGACGACGACGAUGACGAAGGCGGGUAGUAGUAAUAAGAACAACAUCGCUCCUUUAGAGGAGUUGUACGAUAAAAAUCGACCUCUGUUUCUGUUUCGAGACGUGCCGGCUUCGGACCGACAAAGUUUAUUUCGUAAAAAGUUACAGUUGUGCUCGUACGUGUUUGAUUUUACCGAUCCAACUUCGCACGUUCGAGAGAAAGAAAUCAAAAGACAAACGCUGUUAGAACUCGGAGAUUACGUCAAUCAAGACAACACGGCUAAGUUCACGGACAAGGUGUUUGACGACGUCAUGUAUAUGCUUUCGUGCAAUCUCUUUCGAGCGUUGCCGCCGAGAAGCUCGGAACAAACCGGGAACGCCGCUGGAGAACAUUUCGAUCCCGAAGAAGAAGAACCAAAGUUAGAACCAGCUUGGCCGCACUUACAAAUCGUCUACGAGUUUCUGUUGAGGUGCGUGGUGUCCAACGAAGUCGACGCAAAGAUUGGGAAAAAAUACGUUGACAACGCGUUUGUUUUGAAACUUUUAGAAUUGUUCGAUUCGGAAGACCCGAGAGAGAGAGAUUACUUGAAGACGAUUUUGCACAGGAUUUACGGAAAAUUCAUGGUGCAUCGACCUUUCAUUCGAAAGGCUAUCAACAACAUAUUCUUUAGAUUCAUAUACGAAACGGAAAAACACAACGGCAUCGCAGAGUUGUUGGAAAUUCUCGGAUCGAUCAUCAACGGGUUCGCGUUACCUUUGAAGGAGGAACACAAGAAGUUUCUCGUCCGCGCUUUACUGCCUUUGCACAAGCCAAAGUGCAUGGCGAUGUAUCAUCAGCAAUUAUUAUACUGCGUGACGCAGUUUGUGGAGAAAGAUCCGCGUUUGGCGGAUCCGGUAUUGAAAGGAUUAUUAAAGUAUUGGCCGGUGACAAACUCUCAAAAGGAGGUUUUAUUUUUAGGCGAGUUGGAGGAAGUUUUAGAGUUGACGCAACCGCAGGAGUUCACCAAGACGAUGAUCCCGUUGUUUCAGCAAAUUUCGCGAUGUGUCGAGUCCAGUCACUUCCAAGUUUCUGAACGAGCGCUUUUCCUUUGGAACAACGAUUACAUCGUCAACUUAGUCGCGCAGAAUAGACACGUGAUCGUCCCAGUCGUAUUUGGAAGCUUGGAAAGGACGGCGAUGACGCACUGGAACGCUUCCGUGAACGGUUUAACCAUCAACGUUCGUAAAAUGUUACAAGAGUUGGACCCGGAGUUAUUCGACGACACGCGUUUGAAGUGGCACGAGAGCCAAGAUGAGUUGCAAGCGAAGGAGGAAUACAAGAACAAGUGCGUUGAGAUUGUGGAGAAGCUCGCGAAGUUGAACACCGACGGUAUCAAUAAUAAUAAUAAUAAAUAG